AUGUUACCCUCAGUAGCGCCAUUUCCGCCCAUCCAACCGCAUCACCAUCUGCACUAUCGUCGUGGAUCCGACAGCUUGAAUGAACCUUACGACCUUAACGCCUCCUUCUCCGCUACCCUUCCCCACCAGGACAUUAGCAAGAAUUCAUCUCAAUCAUUACCCCGAACCCGGCUGCAAUAUCCACAUCCGAUUCAACGUCUCAGUGUUACAGACGCUACGCGCCCGUUAACCCAUACGAAUAGUGCGGGCGAGCAUGCGUUACGGAGGAAGACACCGAAUGGGACGCUGGCGGCUGGAUACGAUGGGACCCCCGGAGAUACUACCAUUCAGCCCCCAGCAAGCAAGCAUAUUCUAGUGUCGCCUCUGGAGCCCAGUCAUAUGAUUCCUCAACAGACUGGAUUUGCGUUGGAUACAUGGCAGCAGCCCAGGCUGGAUCGCGCCUCAUCCGGAAAGCAGCUCAACUUUCCACCCGUAUACAAAAAUGAAGCGACGCGGGGAAACGCAGCUCCCGGGGAGAUGGGCCAAGGGAUUCAUGGGGCAAGCUGGGUUCGUUCGUUGAACUACGUGCCUGGAAUUGAUUCAGUGCUGAACCAGACCUUGCCGAUGCAACCCUCACAACAGCGGUUCUACUGGCACAAUGGUGCCUAUAUUCCCACGGUGCUCCCCGCAACCUUGCAGCCGUGCGUUGGUCCCACCGCUUCAGCAGGAACCGGUCCGUAUGGACCGUACUGGCCCGACGGGGCUUACAUUCCCUAUCGCCCAGCAGCGUUUCGUGAUACUCGUUUUCAUACCCCAAGUCCGUUUCUGAAGGCCGUCAAUCCUUCUAGUCUACAAUUCCUCGAUGCUGUUCAACCGCCAUUGAACCGACCAGGGUUAUCAGCAGCUAGCCAUCCUGACUCGAGUCUAGCUUGGAACCCUACCCCGACGGGGAUGCUCAAUGCUGAGUUGCCCGUGCAGAAUAAUUUUCCUCGACGCCACUCGGAACAGAAGAUUUUGGAUACCUCGCAGCACCAAUUGGUGCUCCCGUUCCAUACCCGCCAACCAACCUCGAGCUGUGGUUUUCCGUCGCUACUGACUCACGAUACAUCGUCAUGGCCGAGUAUUGCAGGCAGUCAGGGACCUCAGAACAUGGACCCUGUGGGUAGCUCACGUGCAGCGAACGCAGAGUUCAAAGAGAAGGUGUUGACAUGGGCCCAUGGAGUCUAUGUGGAUCUUCUCGCAUCUAUACACCAGGCCCGGCGAAACAGCAUUUCCAAUUCUGCCACUGAGGGCCCGAGUCAACGGCUCCUGAAGCCGAGCAUAUACCCUAAACCUCCUCGGCAGCCCGGACUUGACUUCUCAAGCGCCGCUUGUAGUGACCUUUCUCGCCAUAACAGCUUUCCACCUGCCCAUUUCGAUUAUCAUGCGUCGAGACCUGACGUUCAGAUGCUCGAUCGAGUCCGCCACACCAGUCGAUUUUCUGCUACCUCUUCUGCCUCUCGUUUUGGUGCGCCGUCCCUCAAUGAGGGCUCUACGACUGCCAAUGCUGUAUCGUCUCUCGAGAUGCUAUCGCAUCUCUGUAUGGAAAGUGGUUGGGAAUGGAUCGAUGGCAUGCUUCUCGGAGGUUGCCUGGCUUAUGGUCUCGGUGACUAUAAUAAGGCUACACGGUGGUAUUCGCGGAUCAUCGCCCGAGAUUCUUCACACGUGGAGGCGAUCUCCAACCUCGCCGCUACGCUUUUAGCGCUUGAUCGCCGGGAUGAAGCUUUGCAACAUUGGCUUCGCGCUGUGAAACUACGCCCAAGCUAUUUUGAAGCCGUGGAGCAUUUGAUUGGCCUUUUGUGCAGCAGCCAACGGGGCAAGGAGGCAGUAAACAUUAUCGAAUUUGUGCAGAACUCUCUACGUUCUUCUCCUGGUGGAGAAUGUUUCAAAGCGGACGAGCAUGCGAGCGAAACGGAAAGCGAUGCUGAAAGCAGAGCUUCCAGCGCGUCAGAUUUGGGCUCGUACGAGAAAGCCACAUUCGAUUAUGACGAUGAUUUUAGUCGAUCUGUAUCCACGAUCCAUGGUCCAGCUGACGCAAAAACCGCCGGGUUCGGCUCGAGUGGAUACUCUAUACCCGGCUGCGACAAUGGACGGAUAUUGGCUCUUGUCCACGCCAAAGGAAACAUGCUUUAUGCAUUGGGGGACAACGCGGGAGCUGCGGCAGCGUUCGAGGAUGCAAUUUUAAUUGCGGCCGGAAGAAGACGCCAUGGGAUUCAGAAUCUGAUCAAGCAGAUAUUUUCGGCCUUUAUGCACAAUGGCAAUCGUGGCCAACCCGCCGGAGAACCUCAUGAGCCCCAGGAAAGUAUUCUUCUGUAUCCCGAUCAAGCGCUUCAGACCUCGAAGUUGGUUUUUGCUCCGUGUGGAACUCCUCCGGGCAUCAAAUUCGUGGCGGAAGGUCUGGCGAGGAAGGCGGCUAUCUCUACGACGAGCAACUCAUUACUCUCCCUCGCCAAGAUUUACCAAGACGGCAUGUCCAACAUCUCGACCUCGGGGGUCCCGAAAGCUGCCCCCGGCGUUCGGGACAUUCUGGCGCUCUACUACCUUUCCCUGUCUCUUCAACCCAGUCCGUCGACUGCGAACAAUGUGGGGAUUCUACUGGCAGGGAUUCACAACAAAGUCCCGAAAAAGGGGCUUCCACGGUCCAACGGGGAAAUGCAACAUCCCGAGAUUCCUGGCGUUGUUCCCGGGACAGGAAUAUCGUUGGCCUUGGCGUACUACAAUUAUGGACUGCACCUGGAUUCGCGGCAUGCGCACCUCUACACAAACCUCGGAAGUCUACUGAAGGAUAUAGGUCAGCUACAAGCGGCGAUUCGGAUGUACGAACAGGCGGUUCAGUGCGACGGUAAUUUUGAUAUUGCUCUGGCUAAUCUGGCCAAUGCAGUCAAGGAUGCUGGACGCGUCAAUGACGCUAUCGUCUACUACAAGCGGGCUGUCAAGGUGAAUCCGGAAUUUGCGGAAGCUGUGUGUGGCCUCGCCAACGCCCUCAACUCUGUCUGCAACUGGGUUGGUCGUGGUGGUGUUGGCAACGGCAUCGGUUUUAGAGACCGGUGGCAUGUCGAUGAACAAGGGAUGCUUCGAGACGCAUAUAGCACUGAGACCGGCGCAGGCUGGAUCAAACGGGUGGUCGACAUCGUCGACCGACAACUUCGAGAAGGAGAGUCAUGGGGCCAGGGCUUGCUGACCCCGAAUGCAGCCCAACAACUAUGCGCCCAGCUGGUACCCGCAAUGAAGAUCCGCAAUCAGGCAGCGUCUAGCUCACUGGCGGAUAUUCUUCAGUCCUGGGCUGGUCAACGAUGGGAGGGAGCACGGGUGGUACGACUCGUGGAGCGCGCCAUUAGGUCUAUCACUUGGCAAUGGUACCAGGAUCGCUACGUGUAUGGCAAAGAGUACCCCUUAUCCAAAUAUCGGCGGCCGCAGUUGCCUUCCGGGCUGACGGCGCCAAAUGCGCCCACCGUGCUGCCUUUCCACACCUUUACCUGCCCGCUCUCAGCAAAGCAGAUUCGGCAGAUUUCGCAGCGGAACGGUCUCCGCAUAUCUUGUUCGACGUUGCGCUCGCCUUGGCUUCCAGCCACCGUCUACCCACCUCCUCCGCCCCCGAACCCCUAUUUGAAAGUCGGAUAUGUGUCAUCUGAUUUUAACAAUCACCCUCUUGCGCAUUUGAUGCAGUCUGUCUUUGGUCUACAUAAUCCAUCACGUGUCAAGGCCUACUGCUACGCCACCACGGCUAGUGACCGGUCGGUCCAUCGGCAGCAGAUUGAGAAAGAGGCUCCAGUGUUCUACGAUGCGAGUGGGUGGCCUGUCGACGUGCUCGUGAAGCAGAUCGUUGAAGAUGGUAUCCAUAUUCUGAUCAACCUGAACGGCUACACUCGCGGCGCCCGGAACGAAGUGUUUGCUGCCAGACCGGCCCCCAUUCAUAUGUCAUUCAUGGGAUUCGCAGGUACGCUGGGAGCUGAGUGGUGCGAUUAUAUCUUGGCGGACGAAAUCUCGAUACCACCUGAGACAUUAGCGCCGGGUCGCCGCAAUGUGCGCAUCGAGGACCGACUACUGGAGGAAGACCAUGGCGAGGACCUCGAAGACUGGGUUUACGGGGAAAAGCUGGUCUAUACACGGGACACCUUUUUCUGCUGUGAUCACCGGCAAAGUGCGCCCGAUGCUCAAGUCCCCCAAAUCGCAUGGGAACAGGAGCAAAGUCGAAGAUGGCGGAUGCGCAAGGAGUUGUUCCCCAAUCUCAGCGAUGACACUAUCAUCCUUGGCAACUUCAACCAGCUUUAUAAGAUUGAACCCACAACCUUCCGCACCUGGCUGCGCAUCCUCGCUCACGUUCCCGACGCUGUUCUCUGGCUCCUUCGUUUUCCCGACCUUGGCGAACGCAAUCUCAAGGAAACGGCGAUCGCAUGGGCGGGCGAGGAGACCGCCUCCCGAAUUAUCUUCACCGAUGUCGCCCCAAAGAACAUGCAUAUCGCCCGUGCUAGAGUCUUGGACCUGUUUUUGGAUACCCCGGAAUGUAACGCCCACACCACGGCAACGGACGUCCUUUGGAGCGGUACCCCGCUCUUAACUCUCCCUCGUUAUAAAUACAAGAUGUGCUCCCGCAUGGCCAGCAGUAUCCUCAGCAGCGCUCUUCCAGACACCGACGCCGGCCGCGCCGCUCGGGAGGAGCUAAUCGCUACCUCGGACGAGGACUAUGAGAACAAGGCCAUCCGCCUAUGCCUCGGCUUGAACGCCCGCCGUGCUGCUUCUGCCAAGACACCGCCGACAGGUCGACUCUCCGAGAUACGGAAGAUGCUAUUCCAGGAACGCUGGAAAGGCCGACUGUUCGAUACGGCGCGAUGGGUGCGGGACCUCGAAGACGCGUAUGACCGCGUCUGGCAGCGAUGGGUGACCGGCGAGGAGGGCGAUAUAUGGUUAUGA